UCACGGCGAAAAGGAAAGCUUUCACGGCGAAAAGGAAAGCUUUCACGGCGAAAAGGAAAGCUUUCACGGCGAAAAGGAAAGCUUUCACGGCGAAAAGGAAAGCGGCCAAAACAAGGCGCGCAGAGGCUGGGCCGCGUUUUCUCGAAGUGCAUCAUGGGGAUAAGUACAUGCACUUAAUACGGUCAGCGGUUGAUUAUAUCUCCGCCAUAGAAAUCAAAAGCUACAACUAUGUUCUGUUCCAACUGUGGACAUCAAAUCGAAAACCUGGACAAGUUUUGCCCUAAUUGCGGAAAAGGCCUGACAGAGGAUGCAUCUGACUCAGACACAGACAGCGAGGUUGAAUUUGAUGAAGAGGAUGUAAUAAAAUAUUACUUCCAUCGGGGGUUUGAGUACCAAGAAAUUAUCCUAUUUCUUGCCAAGAAUCAUAACCACACUAUCAGUUACAGUACUUUGUUAAGAAAGCUAAAGCUGUAUGGGCUUUCUCGARGGAACCUGAAUAGGCGGCAUAAGCAGACUGAUGUUCRGAAACGUAUAGAAGAAAUUGUGAAUGGACCAGGAUCAUCUGGAGGAUAUCGUUCUGUUUGGCAUACACUUCGGCUAGAGGGCUUCUCAGUUCCGAGAAUUAUUGUACAGCAACUAUUGCAAGAGAUAGAUCCUGAAGGUGUUGCAACACGUAAAGGGCAUCGCCUAAAACGAAGAGUUUAUAGAAAUCCAGGUCCAAAUUAUGCAUGGCACCAGGAUGGUUACGAUAAGUUGAAACCUUGGGGGUUCCCAAUACAUGGUUGCAUUGAUGGCUUUAGUAGACGCAUACUGUGGCUUAAAG